AUGCUGGAAAGCUUCGUAACAUCACCACCAAACCUAUGGUGGGAGCAGCGCAGGCUUUGGCGCGACAAGUGGAAGCAGUUCGGCACGUCCGAGGAAGGUCAGACCACAUUCCCCUACGACGGCCGACCACCUCCGGGAUGGAAUAGGCGCUGUGUCAAGGAGCCCGGUCUCCUCAACGCAGAUUGGGGACGGCCCAAGCUCUGGUGGGAAUGGCUCGAAGGGCCGCCGGACUUGAUGGACUGGAAAAGCGGGCUCAAAUCAGCUGCCAAGUCCACGGCUGGCGAUUUUAUGAGUCAGUUCUUCGACAGCGACAAGUGUACAUUGCCCAUCAAGCUGGAUACUCCCAUCUCCAAGUAUUGGCAGGAGUCUGGCCAAGCUGGCUUCUGCGUGAAGGUGGUGGAAGGUCGCAUCGAAUUCCCGGUUCCAGCUCGAACGAUUCGUGCUGUUCGGUUCGCGUUUCGGUUUUCUGAGGACGAGCCUGCGACACUGGACCCACGACUACCGCGCCCGGCAGGUCUACCUGAUCUCAACAAGUAUACUGAGAGUCAGCGGGAAGACAUGUACGAAGAUGCCCGGAUGAAGGCCUUCGAUGGCAACUCCGGGGCCUUGGGCGUUGGAGCCGAUAUGACGACGGAGCCCUGGCAUGCCAAGAUGGCUGGGUAG